AUGCCUUUCGCCGUCGGUACUUCGACUACCAAACAGGACCUCGCCGUAGCUCAGGCCGAGGCCCCUCAGCUCGCCAAGGUCAAAUGGUGGACUGAUCCUGGAAUGCGCGUGCUGUACUUCUACGCCGCUAUUCUCUGUGUCUGCUCUGCUACCACUGGUUACGAUGGCUCCAUGUUGAACACUUCUCAGACCAUGGACGAUUGGCAGGAUUACUUUGGUCACCCCACAGGCUCGAAGCUUGGCAUUCUCAACUCUAUCUACCAGAUUGGUAGCAUCUCCAGUUUCCCAUUCGCUCCCUUCAUGGCCGAUCACUUUGGUCGUAAGAUCCCCAUCACCGUGGGAUGUCUUGUCAUGAUCCUUGGUGCUUUCCUUUCCGCCUUCACUAAUGGCUUUGGCAUGUACCUUGGCGGUCGAUUCCUCGUGGGUUUCGGAAACUCUUUGGCCCAGUUAUCUUGCCCUGUUCUGCUCACAGAGAUCUGCCACCCUCAGCACCGUGCGAUCGUCACUGCCAUCUAUAACUGCCUCUGGAAUCUUGGUGCCACACUCUGCGCUUUCAUCGGUCUUGGUACGAUCAACAUUAGCAGCGACUGGUCGUGGCGAUCCAUCACCUUGAUCCAAGCCGUACCAUCUUUGAUUCAGAUCUGCUUCAUUUGGUGGAUUCCUGAAUCCCCUCGUUGGCUCAUGGCUCACGAACGUCAUGAGCAAGCCCUUGGCAUCCUCGCAAAGUAUCAUGCCAACGGCGAUGUCAAUAAUGCAACUGUGCAGUUCGAGUACAACGAAAUUAAGGAAACCAUCGCCCUUGAGUACCAGGCCCAGAAGAACGGCAGCUACCUUGAUUUCCUUCGAACUAGGGGCAACCGUUACCGUCUCAUGCUCCUGGUCUCCCUAGGUAUCAUCUCGCAGUACUCUGGUAACGCUUUGAUCAGCAACUAUUCCAACAUUAUCUACGAGGGCGCUGGAAUCAAGGACCAAGCCCAAAAGACCGGAUUGAACGGCGGAGAGAACAUGCUGAAGCUUUUCGUUGCUAUUGGCUGCUCGAUGGGAAUUGAUCGCUUCGGUCGUCGCCCACUCUUCCUUACUGCUACUGUCGGUAUGAUGUUGUUCUUCUUGGCCUGGACAAUUGUUGCCGCUCGCUUCGAAGCCACCGGUGAGACGGAGAUUAAGCGCCUUGGAUACCCCCAGAUUGCCCUCAUCUGGCUCUUCGACGUCUGCUACUCCAUUGCCUGGUCCGGUCUCAUUGUCGCCUACGCUCUUGAAAUCUGCCCAUUCAGACUCCGUGCUCGUGGCCUCAUGAUCAUGAACUUCUUCAUCCAAGUUGCUCUCACCAUCGGCAACCAGACCAAUCCCAUCGCUCUCGAGAACCUUCCCAACAACUGGAACUUUUGGUGCUUCUACACUGUUUGGAUCGCGGUCGAGCUCGUCUUCGUUUACUUCUUCUAUAUCGAAACCAAGGGCCCGACUCUUGAAGAGAUCGCGAGAAUCUUCGAUGGCGAUGACGCUAAUGUCGCACAAGUCGACUACAAAGACACUGAGAAGCAGUCUGUCAUUGAGACCUCGGAACAUGUGCGCAAUACCGAGCGCAAUGAUCUUUAA